AAUUCAUGCGUAUUCUCUAUCUUUUUUUGAGGUGUGAAUGCUUGUCAUUUACAAUGGUAUCGGAAAUAUGGUCCAGUGUUUGUUUAUUGGAUCUUUCAUGUGCCCAUUGUAGUCAUUGUUGACCCAGACAUGGCGAAGAAGGCCUUAAUCACAUUGAAUUUACCAAAGGCUAGUCGUAUUUAUUUCAAAAUUGCAAGUGUGUUUGGGCAGCGUACCUUGGGUCGUGGAGUCUUGACGGAGAUUAAUCAUGAAACCUGGCAUCACAAACGAGUCAUGCUGAACCCAGCAUUUCAUAGAAAGUAUCUCAUGAAUCUGAUGGAAUCCUUCAAUUCAGUAGCAGAGGAAUUUUUAGGGAAACUCCGGGAAAAAGCUGAUGGGAAGACACCAGUGAGAAUGGCAGAUGAAUUUGCGAAAGUUACCCUGGAUAUUAUCGGGAAGGUUGGCUUUGGUAUCAGCCUUGGCACUAUAGCUAAUCCUAACUCCGAAUUUCCACGUGCAGUGUUCAAAGCAUUAAAAGGAGUCGAGUCGAGCUUCCGAAAUCCAUUCUGGAGGCUGCAGUUUUCCAAUUUUCCAUUUCAAAAUUCUGUUAUUAAGGAUAUUAAAUACUUACGAAGCUUUGCCACCAAAGUUAUUGAAGAACGUUGCUCAGCGCUGAGGAACGGAGAGGACACGCCCAAAGAUGUCUUGGAACACAUACUUAGAGAAGCAAUGGAAAAUCCUGAUCUAGAUAUGGAUGAUUUAGUGGAUAAUUUCCUGACAAUUUUUCUUGCAGGACAAGAGACAACUUCCAAUCAGCUGUCAUUUACUUUAUAUGAGAUUUUGGAACAGCCUGAGAUUGAACAACGGAUUUUAAAGGAGUUGGAAGGGAUCAUUGGGAGCCGCAAUGACGUAGAGUAUGAAGACCUGGGUAAACUUGAAUACCUUGGCCAGGUUCUGAAAGAAGGUUUGAGACUCCACCCUCCAAUUGGGGGUGUCCAGCGAAUGCUACUAAAGGAUGAUUCUUUUGGGGGCUACAAACUCCCUGCAAAAACCUCUGUGACUGUGAGUUUUAUUUUACUCCAAAAGUCUCCCAAAUUUUGGGAAAACCCUGAUGUAUUUGACCCAGACAGAUUUUCUCCUUUGCUUAAAGAGAAUAUUUCACAAUCCAUUUAUUUACCAUUCUCUCUUGGACCAAGGUCAUGCAUAGGAAAAACAUUAGCUCAGUUUGAGGCUAAAGUCUUGAUGGCACGAGUGCUACGUGAGUUUAAGUUCGAACUGCUGCCUGGGCAAACUGCCGCAGAAGAAGAAAAUGUAACUCUUAGGCCUAGAGAUGGAGUCCUAUGUACUCUAACAACCAGGAAGUAAUUGGUAAUUAAAAAAUAAUUACAGCAGUACUUCAGAAUGAACUUUUUCAAUUUAGAUAGUAGAAAGAAAUUAUGGAAAGGGCUCUUGCUCUUUAUGACUGCCAAAAUUCACACUGAAUCAGUGAACACAAUUUAUUGAAAACCUUCUGGUUAGUAAUUGAGGUUUAAAUUCUAUUUACAAAAAUAUCCCCUUUUUUCAAAUACCAGUAGUAGUAGUAGUAGUAAUAAUAACAAUAAUAAUGUACAUUUAUUUUUUACUCCAUGCAUGGCUCACAGGUUACGGUUUUUGCCCUGUGUUGCUUGAUUAGAGUGUAGCAUUCAGUUUAAUUCUCUGGGAUAACAAUAAUAAUAUUAAUAAUCAGUGUCUGAUUUCGACAGACAGUUUCUUAUUUUCACUAUAUUAUUUAAAGGAAAAAACAAUGAUUUGCAUUAUGUAUGGGACGUGCUUCUCAAGGCAGAUGUUCUGAUCAAAGAUAGCACCAAUAUUUCAUGCAGAAAAAGAGGGCUUGACUCGAUCUGUGUUUACUUUGAUGUGGUCAGUCAUUGGUUGAGGAAGGUGUUGUGCAUUCAGUAUAAGAAAUUCUGCCUAGUCUCGGUUUACACUAUGAACUAAAGUUCUAUGAAAAUUCCAUCAAUUAAGCUUAUUUUGAACCAUCCAUGUACUAAAGUGUACUACAUUUGACUUAUCUCUUUCAACAAUUUGUAUUUAUUAUAAACUUUGAUAGGUUCAAAGAUACAAGGUAGUAAGAAAGAAGGUAGUAAAGUUAACAUAAUGAUUGUUAUUUUGAAUUUGUGAUUAUUAGCCCUCUUUGUCUUGUGGCUAGCAAAAAAUUAUUUGAACCCUUUACCCUCUGACAUCAGUAUGCAUAUUCUCCAUACUGUUCUCUAUACAUUUCCUAAGGUGCUGACAAGAAGAAUUUAGUUAACAAUCCAGAGCUUAUUCAGUUGGUGAUCAUUUUCUUAACUCUGGUGACCUUAAUUAUUGAUUUAGGGGUGAUAUUGAUUCAGGUGUUAGUUGCUCUUGGGGUUAAAGAAUAAAAUAUUUCUGAAAAUGUGGUUGAUGUAACUUAGGUUGGUAAAGUCUGUAACUGAGCCAAGUGGCCCAUCCACCCCAAGCCUAUCCCAGUUUCCCUAGCAUGAAGCAACUAGGAGUAUUACUACUCCCCCCUGGAUGGGAUGCUAGUCCAUGGCAAGAUUAUCCCCCUGCAUUUCAUCAGCGAGGCUUCCCUGACAAUUCACUGGUACCUGCUGACAGUGUAGAGAGGCUCUGACAGUAAAGUGUUUUACCCAAGAGUGCAACACUAUACCAAUACCAAAUAUUCGAUACCGGUGAUACCAAAGUCAGAUUGGAAAAUGUCGAUACUACUGAAAAAUAUUUAGUGCUUUUGAUACUGCACGUGACCUGCCUCUGCUUUGUCUCAUGCCUUGGGACCAACUGCUGACAAGGAGCCUAAAAGACUCUGGACUAUAGAUUGGGCAGUGACCGACCACCAUAGUGUACCAGUCUUGGUGGCCUGUGAGUGCUACAAGGGUCAACUCUUUGAUGACCAUGAGUUUUGACUUAAGUACAUCCUUAAUCCAACUUUAAAUUUUUGACUGUCUUAUUGACUCUUCUUUAGAGUACUGAACACUGCAGAACUUAAACAGUAGAAGAUAACCCUAUAUUUUGUCAAUCAAAUCACAUGACUUACCGGUACCAUUUAACUCAAUGACGUUACAGUAGCGAUAUCAAAGAAAAAUGUCAGUAUUGUACUCAGUACAGUAUCCAUUUGGAAAAACAGUGUCUGCCUAUCUUUAACAAUUACCCAGCUAGAUCUUGGUGGAGGCACGGUGGCCU